UGUCUCCCCCACCUUUCACUUUCCCCGUUGACGACGAGUUGACGACCACGACCCAAAUCGAGCGCCGGCUUCCUCGCCAGCCAAGCGCGCCUGUGAGAGGCCGCCCGCCCGCCAAUCUCACCGCCGGUCCAGUCCUCGCCCCCACCGGAGAGGGUGGAGUAGCAGCGGUCCAUCCAUGGGGGCGUCGUCCUCGAACCUCACCGACGCCGCGUGCGCCGUUCACCUGUUCAAGAUCAACGGCUACUCGGCCACCAGAUCCAUGGGGAGGACGGACUCCCUGCCGUCCAAGCGGCUGGCCGUGGGCGGGUACGAGUGGGAGGUCCACUACACCCCGAACCUCGUCGUCGACGGCAAUUACUGGGUCGCGUUCAAGCUCGUCCUCCUCGGCGCGCCGCGCCGGAACGAUGUCAAGGCGGCGCUCAAAUGCCGCCUGGUGGAUGCUUCCAGCUCCAGUCAGAGACGCGUCGCCGUUGCGCAUGCCAGAGACGCGAACGGGCUCCUCAGUGCCGUCGAGUGCCAGGUGUCCCACGCGUUCAAGCGCGCCGAGGAGAGCUCCGGAUGGCUUCAGCUCCGGAGGAGGAGUGCCCUGGAGUUGUCAGGAUCGAUCAAUGAAGACUCUUUCACCGUGGAAUGCACCAUCACGGUGAUCACAGAUGAACUGCCUGUACCUGACACGGCAGCGGCUCACGUUCUGCCCAGGCACACCGGCUCGCAGUCCCUGGGCCAUGACCUUGGUGAGCUCUUGCGCAAGGGGACGGGAUCGGACAUCACGAUUGUGGUGUCCGCGGAGUCUUUCGCGGUGCACAAGGCCGUACUGGCAUCAAGGUCCCCGGUGUUCAUGGCCCAAUUCUUUGGCCACAUGAAGGAGGCGCGCUCGCAGCGCGUCGAGAUCAUGGACAUGAAGGCAGCGGUGGUCCGAGCCAUGCUUAAUUUCAUCUACACUGAUAUGGUGCCUGAACUUGAGCAACAGGAGGGUGGCAUCAUCAUCCCACUGCAUCUGCUCGCUUCUGCGGACAUGUAUGGACUUGACAGGCUCAAAUCGAUGUGCAAAGACAAGCUCUGCGACGGCACCAGCGUGGAGACAGCAGCAACAGCUCUGGCGCUGGCAGAGCAGCACGGUUGUUCGAAGCUCAAGGCUCGGUGUAUCGAGCUCAUGGCUGCAAACAUUGAUAAAGUCAUGGAGACUGGGUUACAAACAUGUCAUGACAAGCUCCCCAAUGGUUAUGAAUGACCUCCUCAGGGCGUUGCGUGGAAGAAGGAACUGAAGCACCUUAGCGAUCAAUAGAAUAGUCACAAUAUUUUGUGGUGCUAUAUAUUCAGUUGUAUCUCCUCUGCAUCAAUAUCUUAGCUACUUCCAGUAAAGCUAUGAGUCUCUGCAUCAAGGUUUCUCCUUUUUCCUAUUGAGUUUUUGCUUUCUUUUUAAAGUAUGUCUUGAUAUAUAGAGGGUUCAGCAUAGUCUGAAACUCUGAAUUCCCCUC